AAUGUAUCCUUACAUGCAACUCUGACCUCGCAAGUGGUUGGGUUUCAGUAUCUCCAGCACAUCCUCUCUUAAUGCUCCUUGUCUGCAUUAUCAUUCCUCCUUCUUCCUGCCUUUGUUGGAUCCUGGAAGUUCUACUUUUCUAAUCUGAGGACCCUCUGUCCCUGCCAGCCAGGCCUUGGGAGUUAAUAAUUACAAAAACUAAUUACUUCUGGUGCUGCUCUGCAAAGCUGAAGAUCUUUCCCCUCCUUCCAAAAGCUCCUUGAAGAUAACAAAGGUUACAGCCAUCUCGGACACUUUGUUCUGGGACUUCAGAGCAUGGAGUGGUGGAUCCUGGCCACGAGAUAGGGCAGGGCUGUAGAUGACAUGGACACCCACAAGAAGCUGGGACAGGGAAUUGCUCCAUGUGUAGUAGCUACAACAGCACUCUGCAAUGGAUAUGAGGCUCAUCAUGUCGAAUGAGCCUGCCUUUGGUGGUGUGUCUGGCAGUGAGGAAGAGGAUGGGGCAGCUGCCCCUGAGUACAAGGCCUUGGAGCAGACACCUCUGCCAGGAGGAAAGCCCAGGACAAUGACAAGCCAGGCCAGUUUUGAGGAAGACAACCAGAAGCAAGCAGCUGUGGGGCGCUGGAAGCCACUGAUGCCAUCCCAAGGCAGCAAGGAGGAGGCAGAGACUGGAUGCCAGGAUGCUGGAGGUGUGGGUGAGACCCAGUCCGCCGAGCAGCUCAACGUGUCACGUCUGCGCAGCUCCUCGGUGGAGAUCCGUGAGAAGGGCUCUGAAUUCCUGAAGGAAGAGCUGCACAAAGCACAAAAGGAGCUGAAGCUGAAGGACAAAGAAUGUGAGAGAUUGUCCAAAGUCAGAGAACAGCUGGAGCAGGAACUAGAGGAGUUAACAGCAAGCCUGUUUGAGGAAGCACACAAGAUGGUGAGAGAAGCAAACACCAAACAGGCAGCGUCAGAGAAACAGCUGAAGGAGGCACGGGGCAAGAUCGACAUGCUGCAGGCAGAGGUGACGGCUCUGAAGACACUGGUGAUCACAUCCACACCCUCCUCUCCAAACAGAGAGCUACACCCUCAGCUCCAGAGCCCCUCUAAAGCUGGCUUCAGGAAGGGUCACGGCCGAAACAAAAGCACCAGCAGUGCAAUGGUCUCAGCUGCCGGCCAGAAUGUGACCCCACAGCCAGUCAGUCAUGAACACAAAGAGUCUGGGUUACCUGCUCUCCUCUCUCUGCUCCUUUGUAUCAUCCCUGGGAAAGCUGUCCAGCUCACCUAUGAACCAGCCUGGCAGGCCUUGGGGGCAGAUGCUUCCUCACCCUUGCAGCAGGUCGACUCCAUUUUGUUUGCCGAGUUCCAGGCCUGGAAGGAAUCUCCAACUUUGGAUAAAUCCUGCUCCUUCCUGGACAGAAUUUAUAGAGAAGAUAUAGGACCUUGUCUGGACUUCACAAAGCAGGACCUGUCAGAGCUGGUGCGAGUGGCUGUGGAGCAGAACACCCUCACCAUCGAGCCAGUGGCUUCCCAGACCCUGCCUGUGGGGAAGGUGCCAGCAGAAGAGUGUGGUGGCCCCAAUGGGUUCCGGUCACAGAUUGUAACCUAA